GUAGUAGUACAAAAAUUAGAACCACCCCUUUAAAAUUUUCCUCCAUGUCCAAAUCCCCCCCAAACAACAAAACAUUGAAAGAAGGCAAGUGCCCACCAACUGCAGCUGUCUCCAGCCCAUCUCCCUCUCUCACUUUCUCUCUCCUCUCCAGUCUCCACCUGCUUCUAUAAACCCACCUCCCUCACUUCACUCCUCUCAUACCCUUUUCCUUUUCCCCCCUUUCUCCUUCUCUCUCCUCCAAAUUCAAAAUGUCAAUCUUCUCUCUCCUCACUCUACUCCUCUUCAUUUCAUCUUCCUCAGCUCAACAAACAUUUCGAACCCUCAACCUAAACCCAGAAAUCAUAAACCCUAGAAUUUCCCCCCCUAAAUCUCUCUCCUCCUACAAAAAAUUCGAGGGUUCUUCCAAUCUCGUCGACCUCAAAUACCACAUGGGUCCAGUUCUCUCCAAUUCCCCCAUUAACGUCUACAUUAUCUGGUAUGGUAAGUGGGCCCAUUCUCAACAAUCCCUCAUCAAAGACUUCCUUCACUCCAUCUCUUCCUCUUCUUCCCCUCCUUCCUCCGCCAAGACUCAGACGGUGUCGGAUUGGUGGAAAACGGUGUCGCUUUACACCGAUCAAACCGGAGCAAACGUCUCCAGAAACCUCCUAAUCGCCGGAGAAUACUCCGACCACAAGUAUUCCCAAGGCACCCAUCUUACCAGACUAUCCGUCCAGCAAGUCAUAGCAAACGGGGUCAAAACGGCGCCGUUUCCAGUAGACCACAAGAACGGGAUCUACCUCAUAUUAACUUCAGUAGAUGUUACUAUGCAAGAUUUUUGCCGGGCAGUUUGUGGGUUUCACUACUUUACAUUCCCAUCGCUUGUCGGAUACACCCUCCCAUACGCGUGGAUUGGGAAUUCCGGCAAGCAGUGCCCGGAGGUUUGCGCUUACCCGUUUGCUCUGCCCGGGUAUAUGAGUGGCGGCGGCUUGGCUGCGCUCAAGCCGCCGAACAAUGACGUUGGCAUUGAUGGUAUGAUUAGUGUGAUUGGGCAUGAGUUAGCGGAGUUGUCAUCGAAUCCGUUGAUUAAUGCGUGGUAUGCUGGUGAAGAUCCAACUGCUCCGACCGAGAUCGGGGAUCUUUGUGAAGGGUUGUAUGGUACCGGUGGAGGUGGCGGGUAUACGGGUCAAGUAAUGAGGGAUAGAAGUGGUAAGACGUUUAAUAUGUUUGGGAAGAAUGGAAGGAAGUUUUUGGUUCAGUGGAUUUGGAGCCCUGUUUUGAAAGCUUGUGCUGGUCCAAAUGCCAUGGAUUAAUCAUAUAGUUAAUCAUAUAUUCAUAUCUUAUGAUUAUGAUUAGGAUAUUAUUAUGGUGAUUAGUUUUGUAGUAUAAGAUUUUUUGGGUUUUGAGUUAGGUGUUUUUUCUUUUUACCAUGUAUAUUAGAGUUGUUAUAUGGUGAAAUAUUACUCGUAUAUUUUUACUAUGAAGAUCAUGUAAUUUUAUGGAUUGUCACCUAUCAUAGUUGUCAAGUUGUUAUACAUGAUACAUACUAUGGGGCUAAGUGAUUCUAUCACUUGAGAAGGUGCCUUGGAUUGGAGCAAUUGGCCAAAGCUAUCACUUAAUCCGUGGGAUAACUUUUAAGACGGGACCAUUGAAGGAUUGGAUUCGAUUUGAAAUUCUUGGGAUUUUUAAGAUGAGAGGAUUGGGUUCGAUAGUCGAUGUUUUGAUUUCGGGUGUUUGCAUGUAUUCUAUAAAGAUUUUAGUGUAAAUAAUGAACGUGUUUUAAUUUUUGGAGACA